AUGGAAGAAAUUGACGAGGACACAAAUGAGAAGCGCAUGCAGGAUGGGGAGCUCUACUACGCUUUCACCCCGCGUCUCGUAGCGCAACGAGAGCGCAGCCGUGUUGCCUGCCAGCGUCUCAAUUCGCUCAUGGCAGGAUCACGAAGGGACUUUGUACGACUCUGGAGAGAGGUCGGUGAUGAUAGUCUGGUUGCGGACCCUACGCCCCUGCCGCCUCCUCAGGAAAGCCCGGAAGCAGACGCUGCCCUCUUUGUCGACGACCCCAUAAUCGAAGGUCCCUUUCGCGCUGACUACGGCAGCAACCUAAAGUUCGGUAAAGGAGUGUAUAUAAAUUUUAAUUCCACCUUUCUCGAUACCUGUCAAAUAAGCAUCGGCUCGCGGACCCUAAUCGGGCCCAAUUGUUCUUUUUUCGCUGCUACCCACCCCCUCGACCCAUACCUGAGGAACGGUGUCAAGGGCCCGGAGCUAGGAGCGCCUAUUACUGUCGAGGAAGACUGUUGGUUUGGGGGUAAUGUCAUAGUUUGUCCGGGGGUCACUAUUGGGAGGGGAGCAGUUAUCGGGGCCGGAAGCGUCGUUACUAAGAAUGUUGCGGCGUACCAUGUUGUAGCAGGGAAUCCGGCGAAAGUUAUUCGAAAAAUCGAGGCUUGUCCUCUAGAUGGUUAG